AUGGUUCUUCAAGAUAGUAAGGGUGGUAGGAUUCAAGCUUCCAUUCCAAAAUCCUUGGUGAAGAAGUGGAGGGGAGUGAUUAUUGAGUUCCAAAUGUACACUAUGAGCAACUUUAUUGUAAUUAAGGAAACCAAUCCUAUGAAGAGAGUCACACCAGGAACAUGGGUCCUUACUUUCUCACAUAGGACUAGGGUUGAUCAUGUUGUGAAUCCAAGUUUUCCACUUCAGCCUUUUCGCUUUAGGACGAUUCCACAGCUCAUCAAUGCUGGAAGCUUGGUCGACAAUGAUCUUUUUGAUCUUAUUGGCGAGAUUGUUGGGAAGGAAGAGCCAAAAGAUUUAAUUACUAAUAAAGGGAAAGAGACAAGACGUCUGGCGAUUGUGUUGCAAGAUCUCGAGAACAAUAGGAUUAAUUGUGUGCUGUUUGGUGGCAUGGUGGACCAAAUACUACCACAUUUUGAGGAAGGAAGGGUGGAACCACUUAUUGUCGUGCUGCAGUAUUUCAGAGCAACCAGGUGGAAUGAAAAGACAUCUAUUCAAAGUCACUUCGAUGUUUCCAAACUACGCAUAGAUGACCAGCUAGCAGAUGUUGUGGGGUUCCGAAACAGUAAUGGAUUUUGCAAUGUCUUUCAGGUUGCUAGGUGGUGCACUACCAACUUCAGUUAG